AUGAGUGCGACCCACACAAGCGAGGAGGUUCGGAAGUCCGUUUUUGAUUACCUGCUGCGACAGAGCUACCUGGCGCGUGUGGGGAAUGCACAGGAGGCGGUUCUGGGCGCCGGCGCGGUCGUCGGGGACCGAGGGGCCAGUACAACUACCGUUGUACAGGGACAACAUCCGCUAGGUGGAGCACCAGAGGACCAUGAUUCGCAGACGCGCGCGCACUUGCACUCAGCCGUCGAGGAGCAGGUGCAGCAGGUGAAGGAAGUGAUUGCGGCACGAAUUCUGAAGCCUAGUCGGAUCAGCAUCGAAAUCGAAAGGGUGAAAGAUCUGAGGAAGCUCAGUGCGGUCCGGUGGUGGCGCAGCGUCGGCCAGGACGCAGUCCUGGUGCUAGAAUCGUUCCUAGCCGGAGAAGAAGGAGAAGUUGCUACCGAAGAUGGCAAGUCCAGAACCAGGU